AUGUUUAUGUCCCUCGAAAAAGUCAUGGUGUACAGAAUUUUACCAGCAACGCCCGCCGACUUGCCUGAUAUUAUCGCUAUCUUUCACGCGGCAUUCGCAGCAGACCCUUUCGUUGGUCAGUUCAUGACCAAUGUUCCACCAGAAGUCAAAUUGACCUAUGACAUGCACUGCUAUGGACAUGAAUUCGAGAUGAGCGAGCUCAACGGGCUACAAUUGAGGAAAAUCGUUGAUGGGGAUGGACAGACGCUAGCUUUCGCAAAAUGGCAGUACCCCUAUACUUUGACGGCGGAGCAAAAGUCGAGAAAAGUACAGCUUGACAAAAUCCAAGAGUUGGAGCAUCCACUUCCGAAGGGAACCAAUAGAGAACUUUACGAUGUCUUCUUUGCGGCCUUGAGAGAGAAGAAAGCCAAGUGGAUGGAUGAGAGCAAGGACUACCUUCUCCACAUUCUCGGUGUCUCACCCGCCCAUCAACGCAAAGGUCUUGGUGCUAUGCUUAUUGGCGAAGGCCUUGCGGAUGCAGACAGGAACAACGCACGGACAUACAUUGAAGCUUCGCCCGCGGGCUAUGACCUUUAUCUACGCCAUGGCUGGAAGCAGGUCGAUAAGAUUGUGAUCGACAUCGGCAAGUAUGGCGGGCAUGGAGUGGCGACCGAGAAGCUGCUUUUGAGGCAGCCGGGCGGCAACUAG